CAGUUCCCACGACUCGGGCUCGAUGGCUUGCUCGUUCGCUGCUGCCAGCACAGUCUCAAGCAAAAAUCCAAAAUAAAGGUCUUCAAUGUACGCCAAAAUCGGACGGUCCGCACUAAAUCGCUUUAUUAUUGGUAAAUAUCGGCCCGAAACCGGGCGAAACAAUAACAGUCGCGUUCGUUACGAGUCGGUGCAUCGGUUUCGGGUGGUGGCCGGAGUGGUCCUUCGCCGGAAGUGGCCAAAUUUACGUUCAAAGGCACUUCCGCUUCGGGUGUGGAACGGAAACGGAAUGUCCCGCUGCUGCUGCUGAGUAGUGUAUCAGUUGAGUUGUUUUGUUUCGCGAAUUCCUUCUCCACUGCGGCCGCUGGUGGUGAAAGCAAAGACGACGACGACGCGACGACGAGAGGAAAAGGCGAAACAACGAAUCGAACCAACGAACAAGAACCACAGCAUCGGCGGUGUUGUUGGACGGAAGUUGGUGGCAGUGGCCCGGUGGGAGGUGGUGGAGGCGGGAGAGGAGGAGGUGCCAGAGGGGUUGAGUUGUUGGUACGACGUCGUGCAACAAGAGCUGCUGCUGCGGCAAGAAGUCAACCUUGAAAGAAGAAGCAUUCAGCAACAGCACCAACCAGCGAAGGCGUCGACGACGACGACGACGACCACCAGUCGGCAAGGUAGGCGGCGACGUCGGCGAAGACAGCGGAAGGAAGCUGCUGAGCAUAACGAACUGCACCAGAAGAAGCAUCAGAGGGGGCAGCUAAGGGGGGCCACUAGCGGGGCUCAGGGAGGAAGAUGUUUGCGGAGAAACUGCUCGCCAACGUCGUCAAGGCGGAAAUGCUAGCGAAUAGCAGCGAUACCGAGGAACUGCUGGAGAAGUUCGUUCCGGUUGGGAUGAUGAACGGCACCAUGGGCAUCCAGAAGCCGCAAACCGUCAUCACCGACCUCGGAAAGUCACUUCUCCAGGCAGCAAAAACAGGCAACACAGAAAAAGUUCACGAACUGAUGAGCCGCGGUGCCCCGUUCACGGCCGAUUGGUUGGGAACUUCACCAUUGCAUUUAGCAGCCCGCUACAACCACGUGGAAACCUGCAAGGUCCUCCUGCGGGCCGGUAUCAGCAAGGACAGUAAAACGAAGGUCGACCGAACUCCGCUGCAUUUUGCCGUCUACCAGGGGAACGUGGAAAUUGUUGAGUUGCUUCUCAACAGUAAAUGCGAAGUCGACGCGAAGGAUAUGCUUAAAAUGACUGCUCUUCAUUGGGCGGUUGAGAAACGGCAUGACAAGAUUGUUGAAAUGUUGCUGCAGCAUGGAGCCGAUCCCAAUGCCGUGUCCAAGUUUGGAAAGAGUCCCAUAAGUAUUGCGUCCGAAGCGGGUCAGGUGGAUUUGGUGCGGAUACUGAUGCUGGCCAAUCAGAUGCGGGCUGCCAGUAGGGAACAAGUCCAGGAAGCAACCGAUAACUUAAUGUUCGAGCUCCAGCAGCACAAGGAGCGCAACAGUGCAGCUGCAAUAGAGGACGGGGAGGAUAACAUCACAAUGGAUCUUAGCAACGAUGGCAGCAUCUCAAACAUGUCUUCCACUCCGCGGGGCGGGUUGGAUCAUCUGGACUCCAACACCAACGACACCGACAAAUACAUCGAAAAGGAGGACAGUCUCAGCGAUGCCAUCAUCAAUCUGGAACAGAACACCGAACAGGAUCCUAAAAACCUAGACUCCAACACACUGCAGAUGCUGAAGGAGCACGGAAUAGCGAUGAUUCCUUCGGAUGACUCCGGCAGCAGUCUGAUCACGUCGGCCAUCCAGAGCGGGCGAAAGAUUGUCCUCUCGGAGGCCGGCAAGUUCGCUCUCAACGAGACAAGAGUGCAAUCCAGUAACGCGUCAACGGGGACGGUUUCCUCGGCGGUGACGUCAACAAUGCCCCCGACGACGAAGAAAACCAUCAAAAUCAUCAAAAAGACUUCGCCAUACAUGGUAUCUCAGCAGCAACAGCAGCAGCAUCACCUUCAGCAAAGGCAAGCGUUAGGGCACACGGGCGGUGGAGGGACAAUUAAGACUAAUAAGGUUAUCAAAAUACUGUCGGCGGAAGAGUUCAAGCAGAUUUGCGGCGGCGAAGUUAGCGGGAUUAAGAAAAUUUCCUCCCAGGACUAUCGGAAAACGGUGCAUCCGUCCGGAGCGAUAAG